AUUAGCAUUUGUACGUUUAAUAAAAAUUGUAACAAUUGUAGGCAUUGUAUCUAAAUGAUGGAUGAUAAAAUGUUGUUAAAUUUUUGUAAACGAAUUUGUUAUGAUUUGAAUCAUUUUCUGUUUGCUUUUUCUUAAUAUUGUCCGUUACAUCAUACUUAUAUUGGAUUGCAUCCCUCUUAAGAGAGAAAGAGAAAGAGAAGGUCAUUAACGCCGUGAUUACCCCUCCCUAAUGGACGAUCAGGUAUAUAAAAGCUGACUGAACAUGCUGGACAUCAUUUGAUUUUCAACUUCUACUGACGAACAAGUAAGCAUAAACGAAGAAGUAUUCUAUUGAUCAUUUUCUAUCUUAGAGUGUUAUAGUAAAGAAAAAUUAAGCAUUUCGUUAUUCUCCUAUACUAGGAUUGAUUUGUCUCUUUCAAUAUUAUUCUCAUCGAAGAAGAAAAUACGCGGUGAAGAAAAUGGCGAAAUACUGCAUCCUUUUGGCAUUGUUGGUGACAGUGGCUUAUGGUUUAGAUUACUAUCCUAACAAGUAUGAUAAUUUUGAUGUGGAUAGAGUUAUUCGAAACAAUCGCAUCCUUAACAGUUACAUUCGAUGUCUACUCGACGAAGGUUAUUGCACCCCGGAGGCUCGUGAAAUAAAAGAUAUGCUAGCUGACGUUCUUCAAACGACUUGCAGUAAAUGCACCCCGAAACAAAGAAUGAAUGUAAAAAAGAUUGUGAAUCACAUUACGACAAGGAAACCGAAAGAAUGGGCUAGGUUAUCCGCUAAAUAUGAUCCAGAAGGUCAAUACCAGAAACAUAUUGAUAAAUGGAUGAACAUGAAUUAAAGCGGCAAGAAGAUUUAGUAAAUAGCGGUGAUGUAUAACUCAUAAGAAAUAAUAGUGUAAUCCUCUAGAGAUAAUAUAAUAUAUAACGUUAAUUAUAUAUAAAUAUGAAAGACUGAAGUCAACGAUUGUUAAAUGUACCUUUUAUAUACAUAUACACGCGGAUGUUUUGAACAUUUUUAAGCUGUAACAAUAGAAACUUUUAUA